AUGGUGGCGGCCCUGAGAAAGAGAACCCGAGCCUUAAACCCCCAACUCGUAAUGGAAACCGGAUCUGAAUCCGAAAACGACGACGUUUGCUGCGAGGAAUGUGGGUCCGGCCACUCUCCGGCGGAGCUUCUUCUCUGCGACGGAUGCGAUAAAGGGUAUCAUCUGUUCUGCCUCAGACCCAUUCUCGUUAAUGUGCCAAAGGGAUCUUGGUUCGGGCCGUGUUGCUCUAAACAGAAGAAACCCAAAUCUUUUCCUCUCAUUCAGACCAAAAUUGUUGACUUCUUUCGGAUUCAGAGAAACGUCGAAACACUGGAGAAGUUAAGUCAAGAUAAUCGGAAGAAGCGAAGGAGGGGAAGUAGUUUGGUGGUGUCGAAAAAGAGGAGGAAAAUGUUGCCAUAUCAUCCGAGUGAGGAUCCUGCAGUGAGAUUGAGGCAAAUGGCGUCCCUUGCAACAGCUUUGACGGCCACGGGAACUGAGUUUAGUAAUAAGCUAACUUAUAGGCCUGGCAUGGCGCCGAGGGAGGCCAACUGUCCAGAUUAUGAACAAGGAGGCAUGCAGGUUUUGUCAAAAGAAGAUUUUGAAACUUUAAAUUUAUGCAAAAUCAUGAUGGAAAGAGGAGAAUGUCCGCCCCUCAUGGUUGUUUUUGAUCCUCAGGAAGGGUUCACAGUUGAGGCUGAUAAGCCUAUUAAGGAUUGGACGAUAAUCACAGAAUAUGCUGGAGAUGUUGAUUACUUGAAGAACCGUGAAAAUGAUGAUGGGGAUAGCAUUAUGACAUUACUUUCAGCUGCUGAUCCUUCAAAAAGCCUUGUCAUUUGUCCUGACAAGUAUGGCAACAUUGCCCGCUACAUCAAUGGCAUCAACAAUCACACAAGGGAAGGGAGAAAGAAGCAGAACCUAAAAUGCGUAAGAUUUGAUGUCAACGGCGAGUCUCGAGUAUUACUGAUUGCCAACAGGGAUAUACCAAAGGGAGAAAGAUUGUAUUAUGAUUACAAUGCAUAUGAGAAUGAAUAUCCUACUGAGCACUUUGUGUAG